UCUCACACACAGGAGAUCAUGUCUCUACAAUGACAGAUGAGUCUCUCCUUAACAGGUCUCCAAAUGGAUCAACAAGUUUCAUCUUCAGUCAAGGAUAAGAGACCAAGAAUCUGAGAAAUGGAAGAAUAUCAUCUGUGAUGGAUGAAUAGCUGGUGGACGCAACAACAUCCGAAUAACAACAGCUUUAACACAACACAGCAGUAAUGACUACACACGUCACUUCUCUGCACCUCAAUUAGACCACCAUGUCCUGAAGAGAAACAGGAGCUCUCUGGUGAGCUGAAGUUCUGGAAAAGGUCAAAGGUCUUGGGUUAAGCAUGGUGUCAGUGGAGGUCUCCGUGGCUUUUGUGUUGUGCUGUGUGCUGAUGAAAGCCAGAGCUCUGAUUGAUUCUGAUGAUGUCAUCACCAGAGAUGAACAGAUCUAUCUUCUGAUUGAUGCACGGGCAAGGUGUGAGAGAAGCAUUCGUGCACAAUUAGAUGGUGUCAGAGAGGAUCACUGUGUUCCUGAAUGGGAUGGGAUAAUUUGCUGGCCCAUGGGAAAGCCCGAUCAGACGGUUGCAGUUCUCUGUCCUGAGUACAUCUAUGACUUCAACCACAAAGGAUACGCAUAUCGCCACUGUGAUGCGUCAGGUAACUGGGAACAGGUAUCCACUAUAAACCGGACAUGGGCUAACUACACAGAAUGCACCACGUACCUACACACUAACCACAGCGAUCAGGAGGAGGUAUUUGAGCGACUUUAUCUAAUGUACACUAUUGGAUACUCCAUAUCAUUGGCGGCGUUACUGGUGGCUGUCUUUAUCCUUUGCUAUUUUAAACGUCUCCAUUGCACCCGUAACUACAUCCACAUCCACCUCUUCACCUCAUUCAUAUGCCGAGCAAUCAGUAUAUUUGUGAAAGACGCCGUUCUUUCUACUGUCACAGAUGAAGGCAAACUAGAAGAUGGGGCCAUUGGACAAAGACCAUACAUGGUGGGCUGCAAGGUUGCUGUAACCCUCUUCCUGUAUCUCUUGGCAACCAAUCAUUAUUGGAUACUGGUGGAGGGUCUGUAUUUGCAUAGUCUGAUCUUCAUGGCCUUCCUGUCUGAUAAAAACUGUCUGUGGGCUUUAACAAUCAUAGGCUGGGGAAUACCUGCAGUGUUUGUAUCCAUAUGGGUCAGUGCCCGGGUGUCUCUGGCAGACACACAGUGCUGGGAUAUUAGUGCCGGCAAUCUCAAAUGGAUUUAUCAAGUACCUAUCCUGGCAGCCAUUGUUGUAAACUUCUUUCUCUUCCUCAAUAUCAUCAGGGUUCUUGCCUCUAAGUUGUGGGAAACAAACACUGGAAAACUAGAUCCUAGACAGCAGUACAGGAAACUGCUGAAGUCAACCCUGGUGUUAAUGCCACUGUUUGGAGUUCAUUACAUGCUGUUCAUGGCUCUUCCAUACACUGAGGUCACAGGUCUGCUGUGGCAAAUUCAGAUGCAUUAUGAGAUGUUCUUCAACUCUUCACAGGGGUUCUUUGUGGCAUUUAUUUACUGCUUCUGCAAUGGGGAGGUGCAGGCAGAGGUUAAGAAGGCUUGGCUGAGGCGCAGUCUUGCAAUAGACCUGAAGCAGAAAGCUCGUGUCAACAGCAGCGCGGGAUGUGGGAGCAGCUACUAUGGAGGCAUGAUGUCACACACCACAGCGCAGAGUGUGUGUCUCAGUGUGAGCGGCACUAAAGGCCUGCCUCUGGCCACUAUGGGGGACAGAGGACAAACACGUCUCCACCAUUCAGGAAAUUUAAGUCAUGUGCCUCACGACACAGAGACUGUGUUUUUUAAAGUGCGGCAGCAUGAGCUGGUUCUGAGGCAGAAUGAUGGGAAAAGGUCUCCAUGCAAGCAGACCAGCGGGAAUGCAGAGGAAAGUGAGCAUGAUUUUGAGCCAUAUUUUGUAGCAGAUGAUGAACAUUCAGGUUCCAUGUCUUGGAAAGAACUGGAAACAAUGCUCUGAUGGUCUCCUGGCUGAAUAUUAGUGGUGCUUACUAUGGUUAGAAGCCCUUAGUAUUAAAUAGUCUAGAAUUAAAUAAGUUAAGCUCAGUUAACAGCACUUGUGGCAUAUUGUUGACCACAGUAAUUUUAACUCAGUUCUCAUUUUCUUAAAAAAAUUAAGGAAAGAAUGAUAUCUAGAGGCGGAAUCAUGGAGGAGUGCAAUUUUGACGUGGGCCCAUCUAGCAACAUGCUAGAAAACAACAUUUAGAAAACACUGUACUACCCAACCUAGCACACUUACAUUGUAGCAUUGUAGAGUUUGAGCACCACUCAUUUUCUUGAGACAAUUUUGAGUUUUUAGUAUUGUAAUUAUAGAUGUCUGAAUCUGAGAUGUCAAGCAAAUUCGUAUACUUGUGUGUCAUGCAUAUA